GUCGCAUCGAUGCCAUUGAGGAUUUAUAUAUCGAAUUUCGAAUAUCGAUAAGAUUCGAAGCUUAGGUAACUUCACUCGUAUCUGGUACUUCUUGCAAGUUCACGUCCACUCCGCCACAUUGCUUGUGGCCAUUUUGUUCAUCAUUACUUCAGACAUCUAAAUUCUUCGUUUAUAUAAUGUUAUAAAGUGGUAUAAAGUAUAUGCAAUAAGUUAAUUGAAGUGACAUAAAGCAAAUUCAUGAUGGCACGAUACGCCCAGCGGCCGGAAAAUGCUCUAAAACGGGCCAAUGAAUUUAUUGACGUCGGCAAACCCGCCCGAGCUUUAGAUACAUUGCAAGAAGUUUUCCGCAACAAAAAAUGGGCUUACAAUUGGUCAGAAAGUGUAUUGGAACCUAUAAUGUUCAAAUACCUAGACCUAUGUGUCGAGUUAAAGAAAUCUCAUAUUGCAAAAGAGGGAUUAUUUCAAUACAGAAAUAUGUUCCAACUCGUGAAUGUGGGAUCACUUGAAAAUGUUAUUCGUGGGUACUUGCGCAUGGCAGAGGAAAGAACAGAAGCAGCUCAACAGCAAUGUACACAAGCUGUUGUUGUCAUUGAUGACUUAGAUAACUUGGCGACUCCUGAAAGUAUACUUAUGAGUGCUGUGUGUGGUGAAGAUGCACAAGAUAGAUCCGAAAGGACAAUACUAAUGCCCUGGGUUAAAUUUUUAUGGGAGUCAUACUGUCAAUGUCUUGAACUUCUACGGACUAAUGCUCAUGUUGAAACUUUAUACCAUGAUAUUGCUAGAAUGGUUUUCCAAUUUUGUCUGAAAUACAAUAGAAAAACAGAAUUCCGUAAGCUUUGCGACAAGCUACGAAAACACUUAGAAGAUAUCUGUAAAUUAUCCGUACAAACUACAAAUGUCAGCAUAAACAAACCAGAAACACAACAUUUAAAUUUAGAAACACGUUUAUAUCAAUUAGACAGUGCAAUACAAAUGGAACUGUGGCAGGAAGCAUAUAAAGCUAUUGAAGACAUACAUGGCCUGAUGAAUAUUUCAAAAAAGCAGCCACUACCUAAAACUAUGGCAAACUACUAUCAAAAAUUAUCCAUGGUCUUUUGGAAGGCUGGUAAUCAACUAUUUCAUGCAGCAUCCUUAUUAAAACUUUUUCAAUUGUCCAGGGAAAUGAAGAAAAACAUAACAUCUGAAGAAUUACAACGAAUGGCUUGUCGUGUUUUAUUAUCAACUCUUGCUAUUCCACUACCAUCAGCACAUCCUGAAUUUGAUCGUUUUAUUGAGACAGAUAAAAGUCCUUUGGAAAAGGCUCAAAGGCUUGCAGUGCUUUUAGGCUUGUCACAGCCUCCCACAAGAGAAACCCUUCUUCGAGAUAUAGUUCGAAUGAAUGUUGUUCAAUUAGCUUCUCCACAACUACAACAAUUGUAUGCAUGGCUUGAAAUUGAAUUUGAUCCAUUGAAUUUAUGCAGCCGUGUUCUGACAGUAAUAGAAACUUUGAACACAGAUGAAAGUAAUUCUCUUUUGCAACAAUAUAUACCUGCAUUGCAAGAUGUAACAUUAGUCCGGCUGGUUCGGCAAAUAUCACAAGUUUAUCAAAGUAUAGAAUUUGCUCGGCUAAUACAAUUAGCCAGAUUUACAACUGAUUUCCAUUUGGAGCGUUUACUAGUUGAUUGUGUCAGGCACAAUGAUAUGCAAAUUCGUAUAGAUCAUGCUAAAAGGUCUAUUCACUUUGGAAUGGACUUAAGUGAAAGUCAAAGGGAGGAUAAACCGGAGGGGCCUACUCUACAAAGUAUGCCUUCUGAACAAGUCAGAAACCAAUUAAUAAGUAUGGCUACUGUUCUCCAUCAAGCAAUAGCUGCAAUAAAUCCACAUCGUAAAAAGGCAGAACGAGAUAAGUUACGAGCACAAAUGGUUCACAACUAUCAUGAAAACAAGGUGAAAGAACAUCAAAGAGUGCUGCAACGUCAUAAAAUUAUUGAGGAUCGCAAAGAGUAUAUUGAAAGGUUAAACACAGUGAGAGAAGAAGAGGAAUUAAGGAGGCAAGAAGAAAUUUUACGACAGCAGCAACUUGCUGAACAAAGGCGCCUGGAGCAAGAACGUGAGGAACGUGAACGCAAGCGCCAAGCUAAUGAGCGUCAACAAAUAAAGGAUAGAAAUUUGAAGGAAAAGAUGCAAAAGAUAUCACUGACAACACAUGGUCAAAGAGUUCUUAAGAAACUUGAUGAGGAGGAAAUGAAAAAAAUGGAUGCUGAACAAAUAGCUGCAAGAGAGGCUGAGGAAUUAAUUAAAGAAAGACGUGAAUUCCAAGCUAAAUUAAAGAGUCAGGAAAAGAAAAUAGAUUACUUUGAAAGAGCUAAACGUAUUGAAGAAAUACCCUUGAUUCAAAAGUCCUUAGAAGAGAAACAAGUUCAAGAUCGGAAAUUCUGGGAGGAGCAAGAGGCAAAUCGUAUAGCACAGGCUGUUGCAGAACGUGCUUUAGCUGUUGCCCAACAAAAACGAUUACAAGGCAUGAUUGAUGAGAAAAAUGCUUUCUUGGAGAUCUUGAAAGCAUCUAGAAGACAUGUCCAUGAAGAAAAGCUGAAAGAAUUCAAUGUAAUUUUGGAUGAAGAAAGAAACAAACGUUUAGCACAGCGAGUGCUUCAGAGGAAAGAAGAGCGCAGAAGGGAAUGGCUUCGGCAAAAGGCAGAAGAAGCUCGUCGAGCCGAGGAAGCACUACGUAAAGCUCAGGAAGAGGAAAAGCGUAUAGAAAAGGAAAAGAAAUUGCAAGCUGACAGGGAGCAUCAAGAAAUGCUGGAGCGUGCGGCCGCCAAGAUUCGGGCUCGGGAGGAGGAAAUUGAACGUAAACUUGCGGCAGAUAGAGAAAACAUUCGUGAGAAUGAAAGCCGUGAUAAAGAAAAAGAACGUGGUCCUAGCAGUUGGAGGCGAGGUGAUGCAAGGCCCGAACGUGAUAUUCGCAUAGAACGCGAUAUUCGUAAUGAGCGGGAAACACGCGCCGAACGGCCUGAACGAGAUACUCGUGCGGAGCGUGACAUACGUACAGAACGUGAUGGUCGUUCAGAUCGUAGAGCGGAGAAUGAAUGGCGUGGAGGGCAGUCCACUCCAUCAGUUGAUAAAUCAGUGUCUGAAGUUAGUUCUGCAAGAUCACUUUCAUCAGAUGUCGCUUCAGAAUCUUCUGUGGCGCCUACACCGGCACAAGAUAAUGUUCCUCGAAAAGAAGAGGCAUGGCGUCCAAGGAACUUGCCUGAUCGGAAAGAACCUGUUGCUGAAGGCAUUUGGCGAAGGGGAGGUGAUGAUAGAGACAGAGCUGGAGAUCGAGAUAUGGGCAGAAGAGAUAAUGAUCGUGAAAAUCGAGAUUCUAGUAGAUUUGAACGCAGGGAAGACAGAUAUCAACCUAGAAAUAGAGAUGAGCGGGAUAGACGUGGCCCAGAAGAAGGUGGUCGGUUUGAACGGGACUCUGAACGAAGAUUUGAACGAAGAGACGAUCGAAUGAAACGAGAUCAUGAUCGCGAUAGAGAAACUGGCGGUGGUGGUGGCGGCCGAGAUUGGAGAAUGGAUCGCGAAAAUGAACGAGGAGCCAAUAAUAAAAAUGAUGACGAUGCCAGGCCCAUGAGACGAAUACCAGAUCGAGAUAGACUUGGUCCAUCAUUGCGCAAUGAACGAGACCGUCCUCCAGCAAGAACUGAUGGCGGUGAUUGGAGAUCCGCCACAAAAUCACAGGAAAUGCCAAAAAGAACUGAUGGUCCUCCGCUUAGGUCAAAUGCAAGGAAUGAAAAAGCAAAUGACAAUACACAGUCUUCUGAUGGUGAUGAAUGGCAGGCCGUCAAGCGUAGAUAAAUUGGUACCAAAUCUAACAUUGCAUAAUAAUACCUGUUGCUAGAAUUUAGUAAUAGGUAUUUAUAAAAUUAAUGCCAUUUUGAAUGCAGGACCUACUUUUUGGAAUUAUUCCAUGUAAAUUUGGCAGUAUAUUUGAAUUAACUAAUUAUUGAUACAGACGUAUAGAAAAUUUCUUACAAUAUAAUCACAUGCCUUACUUUCUUAAUUUGCAUAUAUUACCUGUAAAUGGAUUUUAUUACUCAAUUAAAUAACAGAAU